CAAGACGCUAAUAAGCAUGUCCAUUUAUUUGUUUAGGGUUUACUAAUUUAAUUCAAGAUAAAUAAUUUACACUGGAAGACAUUUUUUUCAUUAAUAUAUUUUAGAUUUUGUUUUUUAUAGCCGAUAUUGAUAUUAUCUUAGUUUAACUUACACCGGUAACUUAAAUCUAUAUAACAAUGAAGAGGUCAUGUACUUCGGAAGGAGAAGAGAAUGUUGAGAAAAAGUCAAAGGAGGAUGAAGAGAUUUCAGAAGACCAAUCUAGUUCAUCAUCUAACCAAUUGAAAAAUGUGUUGGAUGGAGGAGGAGAAAAUGUCGACUCCAAACCAAGCUCAAAUGAUGAGGAAGACAAGACAAAGACUGAUACAGCACAAACCAAUGAAGGAAUUUCUGAAGGAAUUUCUGAAGACCAAGCCAAGCCUACCAGUUCUGAAAACACAACAUCGACCACUGUCCCAGAUAAUACAACACAAGAAGAAGACUGUGUUGAAGUUAAGGAAGAAGAAAAAUCAGGUGAAAAGACCUCGCCUCAGAGAUGGCAGUUGGCUCCGACCACUACCAGACAGAGAUUGAACUACCUACUGACCACGUCCAAACUGAGUGACUGUGUGGUGCAGGUUGGCAAAGCUGAGGCUCAACAGGAUUUUAAACUGCACUCAGUUAUCCUUGCAAUGUCCAGUCCAGAGUUUGAAGACCUCCUCAGUGAAUCUCUAAACAUCAGUCUACCAGAUGUAGAGCCAGACGUAUUCAGGCAAAUUUUAGAAUAUAUCUACCUGGACUAUGUGAACCUGUGGAAUGUAGAGAAGACACAAGCCUUGUACAGAGCCUCAGUCAAGUUCAAGCUACCUCACCUAUGUGAGAAGGCUGUGGAGUAUAUGAUGGCAAAGAUGAGUCUAGAUAGUAUCUGGCCUAUACUGGAGGCUGCCAUAGCAACACAGGACCAGAUACUGACGGAUGAGUGUAACAAGUUUUUCAAGAAGAACAUAACAAAUCUGCUGAAGCACCCCAAGUUCCCCACUGUAGACAGUUCUGUGGUGUCUAGUCUGGUAGCAGACAACGGCCUGGGUGUAGAGGAGGCUGAUCUAGUCUUGGGGGUCUUGAGGUGGGCACACCAGAAGUGUUUAGAUAUGGAAGUGGUUCCUAAUCAAGAGAAUAAACGCAGCAUGUUGUUGCCCGGAACUAUCAGUAAACUGCGGUUCCUGUCUCUGUCAAAGGAAUUUUUUGUGAGUCAAGUAGCCUAUAGCAAGUCCAAAGGAGAUGAGAGUGUCUUGACCAUGGACGAGAGUUAUGCCAUCCUCAUGAACAUGGUGGUCCCAGGCUCCUACCCGAUGCCGGAGGGCUUCAGUAUCUCUACCAAGCAGCGCACUAUGGUGGAGUUGAAGCGGCUGAUUCGCCGGUUGUUCAACCCUCUCGGUACAUACCAGGCAGUUACACCUCAGAGUCCCAGGCUAGACAAACUAACUGUCCUGCCCGGUCCCGCACUAACUGCUCCCUUCGGCUGCAAAAACUUUGCCUUAGACCUCCUCGUCAGCAAGGAUAUAACUCUCUACGGUAUCCAAGUUCCUACGUUUUUCCCUGGUAUGAUGGGGGCUGCACCCAAACUCUAUGAAGAGACUUACAUUGUUUCGAUCCAAAAUGCUUCGAAACCCAACAAACCUAUGGUCGGUUCAAUCAACUACAGUGGGAAAGUCGCCUACAACUCGUUUGUCGAUCUGCAUUUCAAGGAGUCAGUCAAGCUUGAGAAGAAUAACACGUAUACAGUGAUUGUAUACACAAACAACACCUACUAUUUGAACCAGAAGAUGUGUACGGUCGAGGAAUCGUUCGGAAUCAAGUUUUCACUGAAAGACAGCGUAUCUUUAUUUGGAAAGCCAGGCAAGCAUGAUUUUGCAUUUAUUUCACAACUCAUUUAUUCUGUGUAGACAAUUUUUGUUUCCUAUAGGCUGAAUCGUGAUGUUAAGAUAAGUGUUGUUUUUGGCUAGUUUUCAUUUUGAUUUGUUAUUAUUUUCUUUAAGAUAUUUUUAGUUUUUAUACAAUGACUUGUGUCAUUGAAGUAUAAUCAGUAGCAGUAAACUUUCUCUUUAGUACCAGUAAUUAGUUUGAUGCAACCACACCUUGUUUAAAUCAUCCUUAAGCUGGUAUUUAUUCCAAGGACUACUAUCCUUAAAAUUAUUCUUUGUGAGAGCAGAUUUUUAGCGAAUUUCGCUAUAGGGAAUUAGCUAUUACGGUAGGUGGACCUAGGCCCGGGACCGAUUGACUUUUUCAUUUUGAUGUCUCCAGAGGCCAAAAACACCAUUCGUUCAAAUUUAUAUAUAUAUAUGCGCGUCCAUGAUAACUUGAGUCAUUUUUAUGAAAUUUGGUUUAAAGGUGUAAGGCAGGAUAAACUUGAAUGAGUUCGCGAACCAGCAUUGAUCGGACCAUGGGAACAGGGUUUAACGGGGGUUUUAUGGAGUAAAAAUUGGGUUUUCUCAUUUUUGAUCCUCAAAACACAAACUUUUUGAAUAUCUCUCUAGACCUUUUUAAAGAGCUUAAAAAUAUAAUAUAUGAUUAAUCUUUAUUCACUAUGUUUACUACUGUAUCAAUUAAACACUGCAUUUUACUUUAUAAAGAAUUUUUUCACCUUUCCUGUAACAAUUAUGAUUCAUUUUAGCCACGUUUUAGCUAAAGUUAUGUUAAAACAACAAUAUGUUCUGUAAUCAGAACAAUUCAAUAGUCCGAAAUACCCCAGGUCCCGAUUAGUUCGGAUUAAAGAGGUUCUACCCUAUCCUUUUAUGGGUAAUUUGAUAAAAAAAAUGCAUCAAUUUGUCUCCUAAGGGCUCUAAACUUAGGUAAUCUUUUGAGGAAUUAUUGCAACAAUCCGUUUUCCACUAUGACAAUUUUUACCAGAAUAUUUAGUUUCAAGCUUGAUUUGUAAGAAUUCCCAAUGAUUUGCUGGAUUGAAUAAUAAUGAUUGUAUAUAGGCCUAGAGCUUUGUAAUAUGUUUAGAUCCAAACAUAUCAGAUUAUGUAUUCAUGCUGUGUUGUUUUUUAGCAUAAAAAGUAAAACCAUUUUUGA